AUGAUUGGUGCCUCUGAAGCGAUUAGUGCGGAACCUAUUUUGGUCGGCGACUUGGAGGGUUCGGCGACGUCGGUGGAGAGAGGUGACGGCGAGGAGGGCUUUUUUCCUUGCGGGUUCUGUCUGGGUUGUUCUCGCGGGGAUGGGCCGGGUGGUUUGUAA